GGCCAAGAGUCAGUAUAUAAGUUUUGGCUAACUCUUAGGUCAGAGUCAAAGAUAUUUUGUUUUUCGAGAGAAAUUGACUCAAACUAUGAUCAGUAAGGUUGUCUUUUUCUGUCUGGCCGUUGCUGCCGUCAAUGCUGGAAUACUCCCAGUAAAUUUCGGAUACGCCCCAGCCUUGAAAGUUGUUGCUCCUGUCUAUCAUGCCGCAAGUUACGCACCAAAAGUAGUGGAGAAACCUCAGCCUUACGACUUCAACUACGAGAUCCAAACUGAUGACGCUGGUUCCUUAUGGCAACGAGAGAGUGGUGACGACUAUGGCAACAAACAGGGCUCCUUUGGUUACCGUGAUGCUAACGGUGUCUACCGACAAGUGGAGUACGUCGCCGAUGAGGCUGGUUUCCGCCCCGUGAUCAAGACCAACGAGCCAGGUACUGCCAACGCCAACCCUGCUGACGUUCAGAUCGCCGCCGAGGAGUCUCCAAUAAAAUAUCAAGUCCCAGUUAAGGCCUACAGACCCCAUAAGAUAGUGAAGGUUCACGCCCCCGCCUUAUAUGCCGCUCAUGUCCCCCUAUAUCAUCAACCCGCCAUACACGCUGUUGUCCACGCUGCUCCAUAUGGAUACAAUCAUUAAAUUUAUUAAUGUAAAUUCUUAACUAAUCUGAUUUAGU